AUGCCCCAGACCACCAACCCGGUGGCGCUCUACGACUGCCCGCUGCUGGUGGGCGGCCUCUGCUUGUCUCAUCAGGCGAUCGGCUUGGCGGCGCUGCUCGUCAUCUUUGCUCUCCUGGCGACCUUCAUCCACCUCGUUCGGUCUCAGACUCCAGCGCCCAGAGCUGACAAGAAGAACACCCCUACCACCUCCCCGCUCAGCCCACCGGCGCCAGUCGACCUGCUGGCCACCAUUGAAGAAGAAGCAGAAGCGAGAGAGGAAGACCAGGAGGACGAUGAGUUUCUCUACGGGACGCCACACGAGGUGAUCCAACGCCCCCUCGCCGGUGCUGAAGCCACCGCCACUGACCACAACAACUUCAUCGAGGAGGAGGAGGAGUACGCGUACGACGCCUUCUUCUCCAUUCCGUCCUCCGCCGACGGCACUCCGAACCAGAGGAAUGCCAACGAAGGAGACCCUCUUCAUGGCCUGCCGGCCCCUUCCCCCUCCUCGAGCCCAUCUUCGUCGAAGCCCCGGUCGCCCACGUCAAGCUCCUCUUCAUCAAGGAGGGCGCCCUGCCCUCGCUGCCGUCGACCUGUUCACCUUCCCUGCUUCCACUCCACUGAUGUAGACCGGCAGAGGCUCACCAGCCCCAAGCUCAACUUCAGGGGCGAAAAGGUGACUGACCCCUACGCCUGCAACUACUGCGGCCUGCCCAACCACUUCUUCAACCAGUGUCCUCAUCGAGUCGUCUAA